GAAGGGCAUGUGAGAAAACGUUACUGUCAUUUCUCUCCGAACGUGCCAAGCAACUUUGAUCAUCAGUCUGAAUUGCCGGCGACGAAGCCGACCACCAGCGAGAUACAACGAUCAUCCAUGAUGGCUCCAACUCCGAGCAGCGUCAUCCAGGCCAAACUGGUGCUUCUGGGAGACCUGGGCGCCGGGAAGACCAGCAUCGUGGUCCGGUUCGCCAAGGGGCUCUACUACGAGUGCCAGGAGUCGACCAUCGGGGCGGCCUUCUUCUCGCAGCUGCUGCCGGUGAGCGGCCGUGGCGGCGAGGGAGACGCCACCGUCAGGUUCGACAUCUGGGACACUGCCGGCCAGGAGCGGUACCAUAGCCUCGCCCCCAUGUACUACCGCGGCGCUGCGGCCGCCGUUGUCGUCUACGACAUAUCCAGCAUGGAUUCGUACAUCCGUGCAAAGAAGUGGGUAGACGAGCUUCAGAGGCAAGGGGAUCCACACUUGGUUAUGGCGCUAGUGGGCAACAAGGUUGAUUUAGAAGAGAAGAGGAAGGUCAGGACACAGGAAGCGUUGGAGUACGCCGAACGAAACGGCCUCUUCUUCCUGGAGACGUCAGCGAAGACGGCGCAGAACGUCGGCGAGCUCUUCUACGAGCUAGCCGAGAGACUGGUGAAAGUGCGGCCGAACCGUCCCGCCGGGAUGGUCCUGCACGAACGGCGCGGCGGGGAACGGUGGUUCUGUUGCUCCGGGUGAUCCAUCGGCGCUGAUGGGCGAUGCGUCGGCUGUUGGCUGGAGAAGGAA